UUUCGUGGAGGUCAUUGUGGUGCCUAGACGGAUCACGGUUCACACUUCACGGAAGCUUCAGUGUUUUGGGAACCAUGGAUAACCAGUAUUCAAUUGUAGAGUACACAAGAGAUCAUAGUGGCUACCGAUGUGGGUACUGCAAGAGUUCUAAUGCAAACUACAGUCAUGGUAUGCAUGCCUACUGCCUCACUGUAGAUCACUAUCAGGGCCUGAUAGAUCGGGGCUGGAGGCGCAGUGGAUCUUACUGCUACAAACCUACAAUGCAUCGCACCUGCUGUCCAGCUUACACUAUAAGAUGUCAUGCUCCCAGUUUCCAUCUUAGUAAAUCUCAGAAGAAAGUUUUGAAACGAAUGAAUAAUUUUUUAGCUCAUGGGACUCGCAAGCAGAGCUCCGAGUCUUCUACCCAGCAGCACUGUGAUGGUGGUAGUGAGAGUUUCCCAGAGGUGGCAGUACAGCACCUAGAGAGGCUUGGAAGUGAUGGUGAAGAGAAGAAACCUCAAAUCACGACUUUGCUGGACGAAGUUCCUUUACAAGAAGAACGACAAAAAGCAAGUAGCCGCCCUCCUCACGAGGACCAAGUUGUUGGGUCUCCGUCUAGCCUCGCCUCCUCCGAGUCUUCCCUCAAUGCCAGUAAAAAAAUGAAGACAGUAUCUCCUGGCUUAGGAGCCGACCCCAAUAAACCAGCGUGUCGCAAGGCGCGCGUCAAGCGCCUAGAGCGUCGACAGGCAAAACUGCAGCGCCUGCAGGAGAAUGACGCCUCUUCCAGCACCGCCUCUUUCCCUUCAUCUGGUCCCAGCAGCGCAAUAGACGCAAGGAAAAAGGACAAGAACGCACCCAAGUCCCUGGAAGACCUUCUCAAUGAGUCCAUUACAGACUCCCCGGCUCACACUCUAGAGGUACGCCUGGUGCGCAGCAGUCCCGCCAGUGCAGGCUUCAAGAGUAGCAGGGACGCGAGCUAUGCGGUGUAUCAGCGCUACCAGACCAGCGUACACGGCGACUCAGAAGACCGCUGCCGGCAUGUGCAGUGGAAGCGUUUUCUCGUCACGUCGCCUCUUAAGGAACAACAUCCCGACGCUGGUCCCAGCUCCGGCCUGGGAUCCUUCCACCAGCAGUACUGGCUGGACGGUGAGAAGCUCAUCGCCGUGGCCGUCAUCGACAUCCUGCCGUGCUGCGUCUCCUCUGUGUACUUCUACUACGAUCCUGAGUACUCCUUCCUGUCCCUGGGCACCUACUCCUCCCUGAGAGAGCUUGCCCUGACUCGGGAGCUGGGGCGAGAGUACAGUCGCCUGGCGUGGUACUACAUGGGCUUCUACAUCCACUCGUGCCCCAAGAUGCGCUACAAAGGCCACUACGAACCCUCCUUCCUCCUCUGCCCCGAGACAUACUCAUGGUGUCCCCUGCCACCUUCCGUUAAGAAGCUCGACGUAAAUAAAUACUCGAGGCUAGUGGAGAACUCUUCUGAAGAGGACACUGAAGGGACCAAUAUUGAUAUUGAUAAGAUUCUGGUGCUGCACCAGCGCCGCCCGAUGCGCUACGGCACAUUCCGCGAGCUUAAGGGCGCGGACGAGGCGCUCGACGUCGUCGUCAGGGAGUACGCCGGCCUCGUCGGCAAGACUGCAGCCUGCACCAUGAUGCUCAGCUUGCCUUGAGACACCUGCAGCAUGAUGCUCAGCUUGCCUUGAGACACCUGCACCAUGAUGCUCAGCUUGCCUUGAGACACCUGCACCAUGAUGCUCAGCUUGCCUUGAGUGUUAUCCGAUAUAUACACUCAAAUCUGAUCUACGCUGUCGACAUGAUGUCUCUAGGGAAUACGAUAUAGUUUCAUGAUGCUUCUACGUCAGCAUGUAACAUUGAUUUUCUUGCAAUGUCAGCAUGUAACCACUUUGUUGUGUGAGUAACGUCCGAAUGUAACAAUUUCAAAUGCUAUCAACUUUUGAAAUUCACUAAAUCAACAUGAUGCGUCGUCAUGUAGAAGUGAGUAAGAUGACUGAGACUGCCUAGAGGCUUCAAAAUGUGUUCUAUAGUUUCUUUAUACGUUCACAAAAGCAAGCCAAAUAUGUUUGUUGGUGCUCGGUGCGGCGUUCAUUGACCACAUCAUCGCUGUAUUGUAAUCGUUGGCCUGCUCUUCUUCUCGUUCAAUGAUACACUUCGAGGUUGUAACGAAGUAUUCUUCAAUCACGUAUCGAUUAGUUACGGAUUCUUUUUUGAUUGAUUGAUUUUGAUUUUUUGAUUGAUUUCACGUAUUGAUUAUUCACGUUGUUGACAAGAGGGAAAUUCGAGAUUGGCUUUGAUUUAAUUACAAGUCGCACUUUGAUUUUCUAAUUUAAGCUAAGUUGCGUUGGCUUCGUAUCAGAUGAAUUCAUGCGCUAGUUUUUCUGUUGCUGACUUAUAAUACUUUUUCAAAUAUAAUCUGGUGCACAAGAAAGACAGGAACCAUCUUUCAAUAUUUUUUUCGUGGCGAGUCAACUGUAACGAUAAUAAAAGCUAAAUCACACCCAUUUCGGAUAAUAAUUUCGCUAUUAAUCACACCGCAGGUACGUGUAUAACCUUCCCUGAUGACUAUUGUCUUGACCGUAUUGUGCUCCCAGAACGAUAUUGCGGCCGUUUCUUCUUCAUCACCAGCUUCUAAAAAUUGU